UUUACGUUGUACACGCAUUAUCGGAAAAAGAGCGAAUUGUUAACCAUAUUUUUGGUUUUGUUUGCCUCUCUUUCCACAUGUUUAAUGACUACGUCUGGAAAACUAAAGAGAUAAGUGACUCCAUGAUUAUAUGGCAAAAUGAAGCAAGUCUAAGAAAACAGAGAACUACAUGGUAUACAGAGUGAUUGAAGUGACAGUCAAAUAAGUUAUCCAGCAUUGCAGUAAUACAUUGUAGUUCAAGAUGGUGUUAGCAGAUUUGGGCCGUAAGAUUACAUCGGCUCUGAAGUCUCUCAGUAAUGCCACCAUCAUAGACGAAGAUGUACUGAACUCUAUGCUGAGUGAAGUAUGUCGGGCCUUACUAGAAGCAGACGUCAACAUCCGAUUGGUCAAGCAGCUGAGGGAGAAUGUCAAGUCCGUCAUCGACUUUGAAGAGAUGGCUGGCGGGCUGAACAAGAGAAAGAUGAUCCAGACAGCUGUGUUCAAGGAGCUAGUCAAGUUGAUCGACCCCGGGGUGAAAGCCUGGACCCCACUGAAGGGUAAGCCCAACAUCAUCAUGUUUGUUGGGCUGCAGGGUAGCGGUAAGACGACAACGUGUACAAAGUUAGCGUACCAUUUUCAAAAGAAAGGAUGGAAAUCGUGUUUAAUUUGUGCAGAUACAUUCCGUGCAGGUGCCUUUGACCAACUCAAACAGAAUGCAACAAAAGCCAGAAUACCUUUCUAUGGAAGUUACACAGAGGUAGAUCCGGUACUUCUCGCUGCUGAUGGCGUGGAGAAGUUCAAGAAUGAAGGCUUUGAGAUCAUCAUCGUUGACACAAGCGGCAGACACAAGCAGGAAGACUCUCUCUUUGAGGAGAUGCUGCAAGUGUCUAAUGCCAUUAAUCCAGAUAAUGUGGUCUUCGUUAUGGAUGCCUCCAUCGGUCAAGCCUGCGAAGCCCAGUCCAGGGCCUUCAAGGAGAAAGUGGACGUCGCUUCAGUCAUCAUCACUAAACUGGACGGUCAUGCAAAGGGCGGGGGAGCCCUCAGCGCAGUUGCGGCGACGAAAAGUCCCGUCAUCUUUAUUGGAACAGGUGAACACAUCGAUGACUUUGAGCAGUUCAAAACAAAACCAUUCGUCAGUAAACUACUUGGAAUGGGAGAUAUCGAAGGUUUGAUUGAUAAAGUGAGCGAACUGAACUUGGAUGACAAUGAGGAGCUUAUCAACAAGUUGAAACAUGGUGAAUUCACGCUGCGAGAUAUGUAUGAACAAUUCCAGAAUAUCAUGAAAAUGGGCCCAUUUGGCCAAAUUAUGGGAAUGAUUCCAGGAUUCAGCAGUGAUUUCAUCUCCAAGGGUAACGAGCAGGAAUCGAUGGCCAGACUUAAGAAGUUGAUGACAAUCAUGGAUAGCAUGAAUGAUGAAGAGUUGGACAGCCGGGAAGGCGCCAAACUUUUCAUGCGCACCCAAGGGCGGGUCCAUCGUGUGGCCAGGGGGGCGGGCGUCUCCUCUAAGGAGGUGCAAGAGUUACUGCAGCAGUACCAGAAGUUUGCCCAGAUGGUGAAGAAGAUGGGUGGAAUCAAAGGGCUCUUCAAGGGCAAAGGAGGUGACAUGGCCAAGAACGUCAAUCCAGCACAGAUGCAAAAGUUGAACCAGUCCAUUGCCAAAGCUAUGGACCCCAGAGUACUGCAUCAAAUAGGUGGUGUAGGUGGACUUCAGAACAUGUUACGGCAGUUCCAGCAGGGGGCAGCAGGGGGCGCAGGUGGCCUAGGGGGACUGGGGAACAUGAUGGGUGGAGCAGGGGGGCCAAAUAAAUGAUCCAACAGAGUGGGGCGAGGAUGAGGGGGUGUGAAGGAACAUAGGCAGGGAUGAUGGAUAUCUCAGUACAUUGAGGGGAAAGCUUUGAGGGUGGAACCAAGCCAAGUAUAAUUUAGACAGUCCCCGAAAAACUUGAGUUCUUUCACCAGUUAGCCAAAUUACCGAUAUAUAUUUUAAGAAAUGAAACCACAAUAUGUAAUUUGGAGGCAGAUUUCCCACUUACUGUCUGUUCCAACCACUAAAUCUCAUACUGCUCGAAAUGAGGUUAAUGCCUGAAAUUAAUGCAAUCCUUUGAACAGUUUCAGGCAUGAGCACAGGUGUAUGAACUUGGUGUUUGCUCUCAGAUUUCAGGCGGACAUUUUUAGGGUCCACGGUAAUAGUGCAAAGUAUAAAAGAUGUAAGCUCCAAAGUAGCGCUGGUGACUUCUGGCUCAUGUAAGUCACUGUCACUUUAGGUCAACCAAGCUGGUAUCCAAUCUGAGCAAAUGUUGAGUUGUAGAAGAUAAACUGCCACUUAUGCCAAUUUCAUGAAGUAAAGUUGUGGGAUGUAAUGGAUGACACACACAUGUUUGUAUCACCAAACCAGUUACAAGGAGGAGGCAGGUUGCUUCCAAUGAACUCAAAUCUGCAGCUUCUGAAGUUCGUUAAUAUUGAGUGUUUUUUCAUACAAAGCAAUUAACCUGUAGAGCUUGUAUACAUUUUCCAAUGCAUGAGUGUUUUUUUUCCAAUUUCACAAAGAAGCAAUUCAGCAGAAGCAACUAUUCAUAUUACGCAGCAAUUUCUUGCAUUGUGUCUCUACUUCAGUUUUUGGAGAACUUUCUUUGUGUUUUAAGUACCAAAUAAUUUUGUCUUGUGGAUUUUGUUUCAUUACUCUUUUCUUUGGGGGGGGGAGUUUAAUGUGGACCCAGUACAAACAGAAGACUGUUUGAAAAUGGUCUCAGAAAUUCAGACAGGGUUCGGAAUGUUGGCCUGGCAUUUUCUGACUGUAAUCACAUACUAAACCACUGUGCCAUGGUCGGAAUGCAAGUUAGUUUGGCUGGUGAUUAAUAACACAUGGAUUUGCCAUCAGCGAUAGCACACUCACUUCAGUGACAUUUCUUUACUGAACACAGUCGCGCAAACUGUAAGGUCCUUAAGUGUUUGGUGUCUGUCACCUCUGAGAAACACUUAAUAAAUUCUAGUAAUAUCGGGGGAAAACUGGGAAAUGCGUAUUUAAAACAAGAAACACUUUAUCAGCAGAUACUUGUUAGAUUUAUUUUUGUUUGCAAACAUUGGUCAAUCCAUGAACAAGCAGAAUCCCAUCGAAACCAAUUGUUUACCAUACAGUUUGUAACAGUAACAUUGUUUCACUAAUUUAAAGUUCAAUGUAUUGAUCAUGAAAUAAAAACUAUUUAAGACAA